CUUAUUUUGUAGGCGCGGRUGUGUAACAUCCUGUGCGGCAGCGGAAGUUCACCGUAGCUUCACCUGUGAGCGCAUUCCAACUCCAGAGUGCUUUCAGCGGAUCAGCGAGGCUGCACAUUCCUCUGUAGGCGCGGUGGACUGUCCCGAGCGGCAGGUUGUUUCRGGGGGGGCAAAGGCUGUUUUAUAGACGUUCGGCACCAGCAGCGUCCAUGACGGCAGGUGGUUAGCCGCAGGUGGAGCGCGAGGAGGAAACACGGUGGGACGUAAUAAUAAUGGCUUGCGACAAGCAGUCAGAGCYCGUACCUGCUGCUGAACGGAGUCCAGGAAGUUUGGAGCGCUGAUUGGGAGGUUGAUUUCCGACGUUUUCGUCCAUCCAUGGCGGACUGCUGGUGGUGGUGCCGUCGCACCUGCGUGUGCUUCUUGUCCGAGGACGAGAAGACCUCCGUGGCUGUGGACAAGGAGAUCCAGAGGAUCCUCAAGCAGCAGAAGAAGAAGGAGAAGAGAGAGAUCAAGAUCCUGCUACUGGGAACUGGGGAGAGUGGGAAAACUACCUUCAUCCGACAGAUGAGGAUCAUCCACGGCCGGGGUUUCUCAGAGGAGGAGAGGAAGGCCUUCGCCAAAUGCAUCUUCCAGAACAUCUUCACCGCCAUCAAAGCCAUGACAGGAGCCAUGAGCAUGCUCCGGAUUCCCUACGCCAACCCUGAGAAUGAGUCCUACGCCAAGUUGCUGCAAGAUGUAAACACAGUGCACAUCACCCAGCUGGAGCAGAGACAUGUCAAAGCUAUCCGACACCUCUGGGCGGACUCGGGGAUCCGGAUCUGUUACACCCGACGCUGCGAGUACCAGCUCCUGGACUCCACUGAGUACUACAUGAACAGCUUGGACCGUAUCUCGGCCCAGGACUACAUCCCGACGGAACAGGACGUGCUGCGUGUUCGAUUCCCCACCACGGGCAUCCAUGACUACUCCUUCACCGUCAAGAACAUCACACUGAGGAUUGUGGAUGUCGGCGGUCAGAAAUCAGAGCGUCGGAAGUGGAUCCACUGCUUUGAAAACGUCACCUCCCUCAUCUUCCUGGCCUCUCUUAGCGAGUACGACCAGGUUCUGGAGGAGAGAGACUCUAUAAACCGCAUGCUUGAAAGUCUGGCUCUGUUUUCCACCACCAUCCAUUCUGUCUGGUUCCAGUACACCUCCAUCAUCCUCUUCCUCAACAAGACUGACAUCCUGGCUGACAAGAUCCGAACCUCGGACCUGAACAAAUACUUCCCUGGUUUCACAGGUAGGAAGCAGAGCGCGGAAGACGCGCAGCAGUACAUCCUGAAAAUGUACGAGCAGCGGGCCAUCAACCCUGAAAACAAGAACGAGUGGAAGACUCUGUACCCGCACUACACCUGCGCCACCGACACCAACAACAUUCGCAAGGUCUUCACCGACGUCAGGGACACGGUGCUGCUCAAGUCUCUAAGGGACUACGGAAUCAUCUGAACCAAAACCGAGCUUCUGGACUAUUUCGGAGUGAAGACUCUGAUGAAGGAAAUGAGCUUUUUGUUUCCACAAAAAGAACUGAUUGUCUCUAAAACCUGCCUGUCCUCUUUGUCGGAUUUAAUGAAGAAACAGGAAAUAGAAGGUAAUAUUUUUCCACUUAGAUAACUUUUCUCUCCUUAAAAUAAAAUAAAAAAUAAAUAAAUCUAUGAAGACCUGUUGGGAGGAUCGGAUAACAGGAAUCACCCUCAUGUUUCUCGGUUCACAGCUUUUUCUGCACUUUGAUUUCUUUUUUUCCUUUCUCAAACUGAAGAAAGUUGAAGAAGCAUCUUAACUUCUAAUUGAGGCAGUGAUGGAGAUGCGAUGAAGUGCUGCGAGGCCAUUAACGSCGUAAUGACUUUUAGGAGUAGCGACACAUGGGUGCACCAAGACUGUCGAACACACGUGAAAAGCUUUAAGUGCACCAUCCACCAGUUACAGUCAGGUAGCACAGAGGCUCACAAGCUGAAGGCAGAACAUGUCCAAGAAAACCCAGAGAGGAAUGCAAAUCUCUUGAAGCUGCAGAAAAACCAGUUGACAGAAAAUCGACUGGACACGCGCUGAUUGUUGACAGUUAAAGUUAUGAUGUCAGCCUUCACAUUGACUGAUGAGACGUUGAGAUGAAGUGCUUCCCGUCCCCCUUGUAGUGCUUCUCUGCAGAGAAAAAAACACUGUCAUUGUGUCCUAAGAAGGCAGCGUCUCUCUGUUGAAGGCACUUACAGUAGCUGGUGCUUUUAUCCCAAUAGAUACUUAUCUGUUUGCUGUUUGUCUCAUCAAAGUUAUUAAAAAAAGCAUCUAAGACUGGAUUAAGUGCCUUAAGGGGCUUAUAUUUUGUAUUUUUUUAUUGUUUGUGUAAUUAUGGGAUGAAAAUUCCUCCACUUUCCAUUCCAUCUUAACAUCCACCCCGUUUUUACUGUCUUGAAUGCUUUUGUCUUCUCAUAUGUUUUGAAUUAAAUCUUAAUAUUUUGGGUAGAGAUCGAGAAGAUGUGAACUUUCAUUGUUGUGAAAGCUGGCAAUGAGAAGCUUAAACAGACAGUUGAAAGCAAAAACUAUGUGUKUUACAUAGAUCUGGAUAAUAGAGUGGAACCUGGAAGUUGAAGUUGGWUUGGGAUCAGCUUCUCUAAGUUUUAAGCCCCACCCACUUCAUGUUAAUGAAUGGAACAUUGCCCUUGGUGAAAUAAUAAUAAUAAUAAAAAAAAAACACAUCAGAUUUUUUUAAGUUGUAAUUUCUUAUUUCAUGCCUUAAAAAAAGGUCAUGAUUGUGGGCGGGGUAAGUAGGCGGGACUUAAAGCCCCCCAGUUUUCAAACUCUGGUUUCACACAAGAUCCCAUAAACCGGGUCAAGCUGGCUUUAAUUCCUGAACAGCAAGAAAAGCACAAACACAUUUGAGUCUGUAUUUUAAAAUGAGAAUCUGUAUAAAUAAAUGUAAUUUUUUUUCUGUAAAAAUAGCAAAAAAAAAGCAAAUACUGAAAUGAGCCUUGGAAUACAAAUAGACCUAAUAAGCAAUAUGUAAACGCGCCCUAUAAAUGUCUGUCGGUGCUUUAUACUAAAUACUUUGCAGCGACACAGCCAAAGAGCAGCCUGCUGCUUCAAACUGUGAGAUGACUGAAAUUUAAAACACAAUUACUCAUCACUGUCAAAGCCGCUAGCCUGGAUUCGAUCCCAAUUUUUCAGAAAUUAGAGUGUAAAUGACCCGAGAUGUGUUUGUCUAAACAGGCGCUCCACUGCGUUGAGUAAAGAAUAAUUACACKGUGUCGGCGAGAAGUCGGCCUCGAUGGGUGCAGGAGGAUAUUUCAUAUUGAUCUGAAGUCUACCUCGGCGUGCGUGGGGCUCCGCGCUGAGUGGAAAAUGACAUUAAAAUUCAUGAAAUGAAGUGAAGCUGAGAUGGAGCUCACAGUGUGGUGGGUUUUUUUUUUAGCUGCUGCUUUGUUAUCGCUCUGUAAAGUGCUUUGAUCUCUGCACUUUGCAUUCUGAUGUGGUAGCUGAAGAUGUUUUUGAUUCCUUAUGUUUUCAAACACAUACAUGUACACGACUACUGCUUACGAUUUGUACAAUAAUGCAACGAUGUUGACCAACAGCACAGUCACCUCGGAGCGUUUUCAGCUAAUUUAGGCAUUGGGAGAAUCGCUUGUUUGGUGUCAGACAGUUAUUUUGUGUAGAUUUUGGUGGAAGAACUCACUUGUUUUUCUAGUUAAUAUUAAAAAGAAAUUUUGAACACACUUA